CUGACCACACCGUGUCACCGUGUCCGUCAAUAGCGACAAUGCGUAUGCAAGGAGGUGAGAUGAAAAGACUUUUCACAGACGCAGAGUAGAUGAGAUUUUUAUAAGUGUUUUUGAUGGAUUUUAAUUUUGCCUUAUUGCCAAUUCAUCUAAAUUGAGGUUAAUUCCAAAUUAUGGAAAUGACUCAGAUCCAGGGUGUUGGAGAUGAAGUUACAAAUUUCUUUAUUGUUGUGGUCGUCCUCUUGGUAGGCUGGCUUGCAUGGUAUUCUACUAGUAUCAUAGAUCAUCCAUUAAUAUUGACAUUGCCAAUAUUACAACAUCGAACACACACACAUAACGCCGAACUUACAUCUAAUUAUCAAAAUACAAACAUCAGUCAGGCUUCAAAUAUGGAGAUAUCGCAGGAAGAAUCUGUAGAGCCAAUUACUGAGAAUAAUAGCAAUAAUUCACAAAGUUGUCCAGAACCAUCUGUUGCAGACACAAAUGGAGAAAUUUCCUUAGAAUCACAUAGAAUAUUCGAAGCAACUGCUACGGAAGAAGUACUUAUUGAAGCUAUGGACUCGUUCAAUAAUGUUAAUACACCUUUGUUGCAAAAGCAAACUAAAAUAGAUACUACGGAGGAAACAAGUAUACCGACAUCAGCAUGCAUUGAUAAUGUAGAAUGCAGACCUGAAAAUCUUUCAACGAACGAUGCUAAUGAAAUUAGCAUAAAACUUAAGUUUAUAAAUGAUGAUGAAAAAGUAGUUAUCGGAAGUCUUAAUGAACUACUUGGGGACUUUAAAAGGAGACACUUCCAAACGGAACUUGAUGAACAGAAAUUGGUUCGUUUAAUUUUUAAAGGGCGUAUAUUACAAACUGAUAAUCAAACGUUAGAACAAUGUGGUUUGUAUAACAACUGUGUAGUUCACUGUUUGAUACACCAGCCUAAACCAAGUUCCAUACCGCCUCGGACGUCAACAUUAGACAAUUCAUCAGCAAUGUAUAUCAUUCCUGUAUCAAUUUCAGAUAUACCUGCAGCACUAGAAGACGUACUUGAUGCCAGAGAAAUUAGUUCAGUACAUAACGAAUGGGAUUUAAGUAGACUCUUAGUCUGUAUUUUGACUCUUAUUAUAGGUGUUGCUUGGUAUACUUUGUACUAUCGUGUUCAACUUUUUACUGCAAUUAGUACUCUAGCAUUAUACACGCUCACUACAAUUUUCACAGUUUCGUUAUUUAGUCACUUCUCUCCUGAUCAUGAUAACAUUAGAAAUGUUCCGUAAAUGGGAAUUAGAUUUGUUGAUGAACACAAACUAAAAAAUGUAUAAAUAUUUAUAUAAAUAUAUAUAUAUAAUUAGUAAUGUAUUGAAACUAUUAUAAUUGUAAUUUGCUACAAGAUAUAUUUAAUAUUACUUCCAGAAAAAGGAUAUUCAUUGUUAUCUUUAACAAAGGGCAUCAUCAAGGGUAGUAACUCGUAAUUGUCUCUAUAAUUCAUUGUACUAUAGUAGUUCGUAGAUACUGGUCCUUAUCUAAAAUGUUUGCACCAUAUUCAUUUUUCGCGAACCUUCCAUUCGACCGGCGCUCCCAACAAUACAGUCCGCGAUUUCAAACGAUGUAUAUUUAACCAUUGUAUAGUUUAUUAUCAUUUAUUAUUCCGUAAUCGUGCAUGCAUAUAAGGGACUGCAAAUGAUUUAUAAAUCAACUGGUUUGGAAGGAUUAAUUGAAAGAAGGUCAUUGUAUACAUUUUUUAAAUGAAGUUUCACACCAUAGCUAUCUUUAAUCAUAGUUUA